UUUCAGCUUCAUCUGGGAGUUUCACCUGAGCAUGUAAAUAUUAAGCUGUGAUCUGACUGGUGGAUUCAGAUGAAUUCCAACCAAUCAGUCUAGAGGGGGCGGAGCCUGACGGGAAAACGGGAAGUAACAUAACAUGACUUAUUUAGAAAACAGAACAACCAAUACAGACAAGUGAAGGAGACAUCAGCAGUACUACAGCACUGCGAUGGACGGCGUCGGGGAGGACGACCUCUGCUGGCUGCAGCUGGAUGACUUCAGGAUGCUGCUCAUUAAGACCAUCGACCCGUCCAGGAUCACUCCGUACCUGCGUCAGUGUCAGGUGAUCAGCGCUGAGGAUGAGGAGCAGCUCUUCAAUGACCCCGCCCUCGUCGUCAGGAGGAGAAAAGUCGGAGCUCUGCUGGACAUCCUGCAGAGGACGGGGCUCAAAGGGUACACCGCCUUCCUGGAGAGUCUGGAGCUCGACUACCCCGAUCUGUACCGACGGAUCACUGGGAAGGAGCCCAACAAGACCUUCAGCAUCCUCAUCGACACCGCAGGAGAAUCUGGUCUGACUCAGUUCCUGAUGUCGGAGCUAAGCCGCCUGCAGAGGGCACUGCAGGGCGAGCGACGGCGCCGCCAGCAGGCGUGUUCUGUCGCCAAGGAACAGGAGGCGUGGUCUCGCCAGCAGCAGCUGAGGGACCGCGAGCUGCGGAAGCUGACUGAGCGCGUGCACAAGAUCCGGGAGGAGCGGGAGCGGCUGAGUGAGGAGGUGAAGCAGCUGCGAGAUCACAACUACAGUCUGAUGGCCGACAUCAACAGCCUCAACCAGGAGAAGAGCAGCGCCCUGCUGGCCAAUAGGGACCUGCAGAUAGAGGUCAGCUGACCCGGACCGCCUCUGUCCUCCUCUGACCU